AAGUCGAUGUUGUGUGAAUUUUAAUUUGAUUAAAAUCUUGCAGUUUUAUUGAAAUCUCUUGGUUAUGACUGAACAGCUAAACAUCGACAGCUAUUGCCGCGUCUGCAUGGUCCAAAAUCCAGACGAAUUGAUAUCGUUGUUCCAAAUACACGAUAGCGAAGACGAUGUGAUUGCAAACAUGAUUAUUGACUGUACGGAGGUGAUGGUCUCCGACGACGACAAUUUACCUCAACAUAUUUGCAGAGAUUGUCUGAUCCGGCUGAACCAUGCCUACAAACUACGUAAGCAAUGUCAACGGUCAGAUGAAGCAUUCCGGGCCAUGUUAUUACGAGUUGACCAGCAAUCUUUUAAAUCUGAAAUGGAGGUAUACGAUCCUUCGCCAAAACUCUUUCUUGCAUCUUUGAAUGAACAACACUUCCAGCUAUUGAAUACACAAAAAGAUUACAGGCUCGUCAAGAUUACAGGACUUCGGUGCUGUGGCUGUAACCGUAUUUUUGGGAAUAGUGACGAACUCAAAAACCAUUCCAUAAUGUUCCAUACACUUUCGGCAAAAUGUGACCUGAACACGCAUGAGUGUACUGUGUGUGGAUUUGGGUUCGGCAGUAGAAAGGAACUGACCGAUCAUGAAAUGGACUUGCAGGAUCUGUACUAUGUUUGCAAUCAAUGUGAGCUAAUGUUGAAUACUGAGGAUGAUUUGGUGCAACAUCUAAAGGAUAUUCAUGAGGUCGAGGAGUUGUCCCAAUCAUCUGAAAAGAAUGUCAUCCCUUCUGAAGACUCCCAAUGUGAUCUUAAGUUGGAAGAAGAACUCAUGGAGGAAGGACAGGAGAUUGAAUAUCUUGACGAAGAUGAAGACUAUCACGAGUAUGUCGACUUAACCAUGAAGAUUAAAACGGAAUCUGCUAAUGAAGAUAGUCCUGAAACGAAGAAGCAGCUAUUACGUACUCUUCCGGGAUCGGAGUUUGUAAGCAGAACGGAGGAAUUUUCCAAAUAUAGUAUAUACCAUCUACGUGGAGAACGUUGCUGUGGCUGCCUUAGGCUAUUUGUAGACAUCGAAUCGUUGCUAAUACACUGCGAUCACGAACAUGGAAACCGACAAAAGAUAAAAGUGGCAAAGUAUCAGUGUGAUGUGUGUUUUCAGCGAUUCGGAAGUAGUCUGCUUUUAAGCAAACACAAACAAGUUGCCAAAGGCAAAACUAUGUACCACUGCAAACUUUGCGACGCAGUGCUAGAAGAUGAACGAAGUUUCAUAAAGCACAUAAUCUUCACGGACAAUCACGAAGAAGUUAUUGACGCAGUGAAAAUUGAAGGAAAAUAUGAGGAAAUUCGUAUUGAGGGCUCAAAAUGCUGUGGAUGUGAUGUCAUGUGUGAUAAUGAAAAGGAAAUGCAGAAGCACAUUGAAGAACUACACCUUCCAGGUUCAGUGGAAGACGAUCGAGAAUUCAAAUGUAAUAGGUGUUUCAAGGGAUUCCAUCGAAUGAAUCACCUUGCGCGUCAUGAAUCGGAUGCGCAAAAGAAGCUAUCGUAUCGUUGUUUUACCGAAAGAUGCAAUUACACAACGAUCCACAAGAGACAGAUACUGAAACAUAUAACUACGAAGUACACUCAUCGAAAUCUACCUCGAAAAACGGCAAAAACUCAUAGAACAGAUGAUCUUAGUGGCGAAUACUGCCGCUAUAGUUGUUGCUUCGCGCGUUGCUAUGAAGUUUUUGAUUCGUACGAAGAGCUUGAAGAUCAUGCAGAAUCAGUUCACGAGAUGCUACGCAUUCAACACACACAGGAUCGAGAAUCUACCCAAGCUGUUUGCAUGAUAUGCUUGAAGGGAUUCGAAAAUGAACAGGCUUGCGAGAAACAUCGGUCAACUGAUAGAAACCAGAAAUAUGUGUGCCUGAAGUGUGGAGUACAAUAUGUUUCGAAAUCAACAUUGUUGCAACAUGAGCGCAGCAAAUGUGGUAAGGUUGCACAGUACCAAUGCACUCAGUGCGACAAAACAUUUGUGUCGCUAGGGGGACUCCGCAAUCACCAAGAAGUACAUAGCCAGAAGCGGUCGCACGUUUGUGAUACCUGUGGUAGAGGAUUUCUGAGGAAAGGAAUUCUAAAGGACCACAUAAACACAGUCCAUUCCAAGGUCAGGCUAUUUCAGUGCUCUCUUUGUCCAAAAUCCUUCACCAGCCGGAACGUUUUCCAGUCGCACCAAAUGACUCACACCAAGGAGAAACCAUACCAAUGUAGACAUUGUGAGAAGCGGUACUACAAGACCAGUGAUAGAACCAUGCACGAGAAUCAGGUACAUUUGGGAAUCAGACCGUUCCAGUGCAAUUUCUGUACGGCAUCAUUUAUACGGGAUCGUGAGCGUAGACUUCAUGAGCGGACGCACACAAAGACAAAGCUUUACAACUGUGACAUGUGCUCAGAAGGAUACAACAAGUUUGCAGAGUACAAGUCGCAUCGCUUGAAGGAACACGGUUUGGAAACCCUUCGUGAUUUAGGACCAGCGAUAAUGGCCGCAGUGCGUGGUGAGCAAAGGCAGGAAUUCCCUGGAAAACCGCAUUGUAAACUGGAGAUUGAAGUUUGUGAUAUGGUGGAAUAAUUGCACAUUAAUAAAUUGAGUGUUACGCUUGUACUA